ACAAGAGUGGGACCCCCGCCGGUUUCCGCCACUUGGCCCCCCGAUUCCUCUUGAAAGACCUUGACAAGUAGACGAAAACUGUGGCGUGCAACCGCCAGAACAGAAAAGCCGAGAGGAGGCUGCUUAUUCAACAGGUGCGUUCGCGGUGUGACCUAAGAUCGCAUUUCUAAGUCACUGCUGCAUCUUUGAGAACCAAGAUGGCUUACUGUGGGCCGUUCAAUCUUAUGAGACGGGUUCCUGUGCGUCUUCGUCGGGAGACCUGUCUGUCUUUUUCAUCUAAAGACACCAUAGCUGCCGUUCGGGCAACGCACCAACCAGUCAAGAAACGUCAGAGGAAAAGAGACAGGAGGCCCACCUGGGCUGCUGAUUUGUCCUGGGAGGACAGGCUGGCCUCAGUGGUCACCCCCCUGUGGAGGCUCACUUAUGAUGAGCAACUUGAAGUCAAGCAAAAACAUCAGGAGAAGAUACUGGAGCAGCUCUGCGAAGGCGGAAAGAUCACGUUCCCCGUCCUGCCUAUCCUGCCGUCCCCAGUUAGGGACGGUUAUCGAAACAAGUCGACGUUCUCCGUCAACAGGGGAGUGGACGGGAACCCCAAGACAGUUGGGUUUUACGUGGGCAAAGGCAAGGAUGGCAACAUUGUGUGCGUCAAUGGAGACCACCUUCCCAACAUGCCGGAGAAGCACAAACAGGUGGCCAGACGCUACCAGGAAUUCAUCCGCCGUUCUUCCCUGCAGCCCUGCCUCCUCCUUCACGACGGGGGGCACUGGAGAGAGGUCACGGUGAGGACCGACGCAGCCGGCAACACCAUGGCCAUCGUGUAUUUCCACCCACAAGGGCUCUCCCGGGAGGAGGUGGCGGCCCACCGGGAAGACUUGGCCGAGUUCUUCGCCAAUGGCGCGGGGUCGGCUUGUGAGCUGGACUCACUUUACUUCCAGGAGAGCGCCAUGACCCGUUGUACGCGUGAGGACUCGCCCUACCAGCUCCUGUUCGGUCACACGCACAUUUAUGAGCAGCUUCCGCAUCUCUCCGGACGCAUUCUUCCAGUCCAUCACCGAGUGAUCCGGGCCUUACGCAGCCAGCCCGCCAUCCGCCGUCUGGUCUACGUGUCCUGCAAGUCGGAGGGCGAGGCCAUGAGGAACUUCAGGGAGCUUUGUUGUGCACCCGACCCAAAGAGGAAACUCCAGGGGGACGCCUUUUCUCCAAGUCUGGCUGUGCCCGUGGACAUGUUCCCUCAUACGGAACACUGCGAACUGGUGAUUCUGUUUGAGAGGUAGCGAAUGACAUCUUCCACGCAUCGGGAUCGGGUCUGCUGUCUCCGUGACAGCUCCACCUCCUUGCCUGUGGGACACUUUGCCAUUGCAACCACAUAUUGGAUUCAUCCGCUCCCGUACGGCUUUGACUCUUUUGUGCCUGUGGCACGCUUUUGUUUUACACCAAGUCCUGCAGUCAGGCAGUAUUUCUCGCUAAAAUGCAAACUAAUCGUUGUUGUGUAAAAACAUACUGUAGCAAGACGGCAAGUGUAGCAUAAAAAGCGCUCUGGCGGAUCAAUAAAGUUUUUACCUUGUUCCCUGUAGUCGGUACUUCUUGAAAUGGGAAUUCAUCCAAAGCUAGCAGUUGCUA